CAAGACUGGCUGUGCCCUCGCAUGGGGUUCUGAAAAGUACCACCUCUGCUGAAUGAAAAUGCUUAAUUAGCUUGCCUGAAAUGAUAGUCUGUUAAGCAACGGAGGACUCUGUUAAUUCAUAUUUACUCUGUCGCCUGGAGGAUUCAACCUCGUGAUGCGAAACUUGACAAGGGUCAGGUCCACCACAUCAAGCAACAACCCUUAGCCUUGGUGCUCUAUUUCUUGCAGAACAUUUUCAAACGGCUGUCCAGAUAGCUGCAUGUGACCUUCAGAAUCUUUUUCUUUUCAUGGUCAGAUAGUUAAAUACUUCUCUUGCCAUCCGGCUCCCCUUUCGUCAACAAAGGUAGUUCAGUUCUUCAUUGUCUAGAACGCGUUUCUUAUAAAGCUUGUGGUUGUUCCUGUUGACGCCGACCUGGCCAGCCACUCCAGAUACACCACCACAUUUGCUUGACCGGCACAAUUUUGUAUCUGGUUUGUUCACUCCUGGCAUGCUCAUUCUAUCUGCAGGUCCAUAAAGGGCUUGUUAGUUCUUGGACGUCGUUAUGGGGAAUAUUAGCAGCAGACCUGAUGACCCCGCUGCCCUGUAUCUCAAGGAUCAAACAAAAUUGACAAUAGCCUCACUCACAAUCACAAAUUAUCGCGGGCAUGCUAUUCUACAUAUUGGUCCCAAUGGCUUCCCCGCAACUCGCGUCACGGCAAAGAGAGACACAGGGGAUGACACACCAAUUGAAUUUGUCCUUGAUCCAGACUCCACGACAACCAGCCAACCCUCUUUCCUCUUACGCCUAUCAAAUGAAGAUGAAUUGACGUUCAAAUUUUCAUUCAUUAUCCGACAAACCCAGAUCCCUCCAGUUACUACCUCAACCAUAAAUGGAGUCGCGAGCACAUUGCCUGAAGCUAUUGAUACAACACUGAAGGGAGUCACAUUUGCGCAUGCUUCAAACUCAAAAGAAUUGGACAACCUCAUCACGCGAGAAUUCCACGCCAAUCCAAAUCUUCAAAACAACUCAAACGUCCAGCAUGUUGGUACAUUUUCAACUGAGGGCAGCCCUUCGAUACAGUUUGACUGGUCUUGGAAAUGGAAGCCACCCAAACGGGCAGAAGAUAGAGGUGGUGGCUGGAGAAACUGCUGUAGUUUUCUUGACUACGAUGAACGAACGAAUAGGUUGAACACGCUUGCGACGUUUACCUUUUGGGUUCAAAACGCGACUCGACCGUUGUCAAGUCCCGUAGUGCUGUCGCCGCGGCUUGAGUUGGCUGUUCCACCACGUAACCGCACCGUUUCUUCACAAUCAGUAAUGUCGAAGGGGAGUGAGCUGGAGGCGCUGGGUGAUGUACCCCAAUCGCCAAUCGAGACUGAAAGCCUACUAGGCGGUGCUGCGCCCGCAGUGCCAGUGAAGUUAGACAUCUGUCAACGUCCUGGAGAGGAUAUGAGCGCAGUAGAAGACGGUCCGCUUUUCCGCGCGACGAUGAAAGCCCUUGAACAAAAAACAGGAAACAUGCGAACUAAGAUGAAGAAACUUCUGAAAAAAGCCGAAGCGGUGCAUCAAAGACAGGUUGCUUACAAUGAAUCUGUCAGCGCAUUCAUUAUUGCCCUCAACGAAGCAUCGACUUCCAACGCCAAUGCAAUUCAGCCAGCUCUGGAACAUUAUUUCGACAAGAUCGCAAAGGAAAUCUUGAUUUGGGAGCAACAGAAUUCGACGAAUCUUCAGAAGCUGAUCAUUGACCCGCUCACUAGACUGUACAACAACGAUAUAAAGCAGGCUGAGUCGAAGAAAAAAGAUUUUGAGGAUGAGAGUAGAGAUUAUUAUGCCUAUGUUGGACGCUAUUUGGGACAGCGUCAGGACUCGCUUAAGGAGAAGAAAAGAGCAGAAAGCGAUUCAAAAUACCAAACAAAGCGGAGAAACUUCGAGCUAAAGCGAUUCGACUACUCUUCUUUCAUGCAAGACCUUCACGGGGGCCGGAAAGAGCAAGAGGUGCUGUCUCAUCUCACUAAGUAUGCCGACAUCCAAGCCCGAAGUUACCUUUCUACGGCAAAGAAAGUCGAGGAAAUGCUUCCACAGCUUCAGGCGUUGAUACACGAGGUUUCUGAAGUUGAUAAAGAGUUCCAGUUUCAGCGAACAGAGCGUGAGGAGAAGCGGAGAGCUCUAGAGCAAAGCACUAAGAAAUAUAUCGAACCUGAGGGCGUUCAAAAUAGCAGCGCGCCACCCACCACCCCCAACACUGCUCCCUGUACCUCUGAUUCCGAAUUGGGUCGCGCAGAUAGCACCGGCUCUCAGGCCAGAGGACCAGUUAGCAACAGAGGCUCCUUCUCUUCGUCUUCCAACACCACAGCUGCUGCGAUGACACCCUCUGGCCAGAAUCGGUUCAAAGGAAUUCGUGAUUUGGAAGAACGUGACCACUCAAACACCAGCAUGGAUAAAGCGAAUAUGCAGCAGAAGAAAGAGGGGUUAUUGUGGGCGUUGUCUCGUCCCGGUUCACACAUUGACCCAAAGGGGAUAAACAAACAAGCUUGGCAUAAGUUUUGGAUUGUCUUGGAUCAGGGGAAGCUUUCGGAAUACAGCAAUUGGAAACAGAAACUAGAUCUACACAUGGAUCCUAUAGACUUACGGAUGGCAUCUGUUCGAGAAGCGAGGAACGCGGAGCGGCGAUUUUGUUUUGAAGUCAUCACGCCUCAGUUUAAGAGAAUUUACCAAGCUACAUCUGAAGAGGAUAUGGGAAAUUGGAUUAUGGCGAUUAACAAUGCUUUGCAAAGCGCUGUCGAGUCCGGACGAGGUGUUCCCCCACCACCCACUUCAGAUGGGGGGUCCCGUAAGGAUAUUGGGUCUGCCUUAAUGGGCAAAACCACUUCAUCAUCCAACACAAGCAACGUGAGCCGAAGAACGACUGUUGGUGCCCGCCCAAGUUACGUUCGGAAUGACAGCAGCUAUGAGGAUAAUCCAUCCAAGUUACUCCAGGUCAUUCGGGAAGCGGAUCAGGGAAAUAACUGGUGCGCUGACUGCAAUUCAGCAUCGAAGGUUGAAUGGGUUUCCAUUAAUCUUGGAAUCGUGCUUUGCAUCGAAUGCAGUGGUAUUCACAGAUCUCUUGGGACUCAUAUUUCCAAGAUCCGCUCCCUUACGCUAGAUAUUCACUCGUUUUCUAAUGACAUUGUCGAGAUAUUGUUGCAGAUUGGGAAUAGGGUCAGCAAUAUGAUAUGGGAAGCCACCUUGAAUCCAACCCACAAACCAACAGCACAAUCGUCUCGCGACCAGCGGUUGAAGUUCAUUACGGCAAAGUACAGCGAAAGAGCAUUUGUGCGCCCGUUAUCAUCUACGCUUUCGCGCUAUGGAACAGCAGAUGAGACACUUCUCGCUUCUAUCAAACAAAAUGAUAUUCAAGGCGUCCUUUAUGGCAUUGCCCUGAGGGCAAGUCCCAAUGCAACUGAUCGGUCGCGAAACACCCAUGCGGUGUUCUUGGCCCUGGCAGCCGCCGAUCCCGCGUCUCCGUCGCAGUCAAUGACCUCAAUCUCCACCUGGACAAAAUCCGCGCCCCAUCCCCCAACAGGCAUUAAAGCGAUUCCUUUCCCAAUCGCAGAGCUCCUGGUUCAAAAUGGAGCAGAUAUCCCUGCUGAGAUGCCGGCGAUCCCACUAUCACCAGCUGCGCAACUAUAUGUCAACCAGCGGACAGGAAGAGCUUUGGGAAGCGGUAACCCGACGGCGAGUCCUGGAGGCGAUACGCUGAGCGCAUUACCGACAAUCCGCGAUUUUGGGAGUGGAGGUAACGGCCUUAUGCCUUCCCCGGCCGAGAUGAAUAACAAGGAACGGGAAAGGCUGCAUAAACGCGGGAGUGCCGGAGCCCGGUUUGCGGGGAAAGUGACUUCAUUCGGAAGUUAAAUUUGCUUUCCUUAUCAGAUGUUUUCUACACGAUAAUGUUUUCGAUGGCAAUAAUGACUACGACUGUAUGCUGGGCGGGAACUUGAACGGCUUGCACUUCCCGGUGGGUUUGGAAGGCAUUGCUGGACCCUUUCCACUUGAUUUUUAUGCUUCUUAAUUCUUAAGGAUGAAGGCCUCAGUGUUAACUUUAGUCCUUUAUCUCCUUUUCAUUCUUCUUGCCGCUACUCAUGGCAGCUAGCCAUGAAGAUCCCAAAAGUGGCCCUUUGCUUUCUUCCUCUAUUCCGCUAUGUUGUUAUAAUUUCUCCUCCUUGUACUGUGAAGCGAGCCAAGCUCUGCGAAUGACCCUGGACCAGUUUUAUCCUUUCAUGAUUCUUUUGCCAUCAUUUUUCUACAACUCCAAGUGUGUGUAUGGGUUAAUAAUAAAUAAUGAUGAUAAUGACUCAUUUGUCUUGUAGC